GAUUGAAAAAUUUUGGCUCUGGAAAGCUGCUUUCUUGCAAAGUAAAAUUUUAAGCUUAUCAACUGAGUUGGGGCAGUGCCCAAUCUGUUUGUUCUUGCUGUGUGGGAUUGUUUGGGUUGUUUUCAGACUCAGUUGAGUAAAGGGGUUCUUUUCUUUUUUUGUUUUGAUUAUUUGUGAGGAUCUGCAUGCCAAUAUUAUAGUAAUAGUGAGUGGGUUUAGCAAAAAAAUACCUCCUUUUUGCUUUACAGUUUUUAUAUCAAGAGUUGGGGUUCUCUCAUCCCUUUUAUUUUAUCACUUUCGCCUGAAUCCAGCGCCUGUGUGAGUGGUAAAGCUGCGGUUGAAUGGUUCUUGGACCUUUGAAAAUAUGCUAGUGGGGGAUAUGAUCAAGAUUCUGAUGAGUUUCUGAAUUUCUUCACGUUGGCUUCUGUGGGUGAUAAAGGCACGAUUUUGAAGUUUUACAGUUUAUGUACAGUGAUUUCCAGGUUCCUGAUAUGACUUCUCCGACAACUCAAUUCGCCCCUCCAAGCAGGAUCGGUAUAUAUGAACCCCUCCGCCAAAUUGGGAUGUGGGAGGACACAUUUGACGAUAAUAUCAGUGCUGGAACUGGUGUGUGUAUAAUCAUGGAGACGGAGGCAAAGCUAGACGACAAGACUGAAUAUGCUUCUGAUAAAUCACUUGAGCAUGCUGAAGAUAGUCAAGCAUCAAAGAGCAUUUCCGAGAAGAUACAAAGACGCUUGGCGCAAAACCGUGAAGCUGCUAGGAAAAGCCGUUUACGCAAGAAGGCUUAUGUUCAGCAAUUGGAGACAAGCCGGAUGAAACUGGCACAACUUGAGCUCGAACUGGAGAGAGCAAGACAACAGCAGGGCUUGCUUAUUGCCAGUGCGACUGCUAAUGUGGGAAUAUGUGGAACUAUAAAUCCGGGAAUUGCUGCAUUUGAGAUGGAAUACAGGCACUGGAUAGACGAGCAAGAACGGAAAAUAUCUGAGCUUAGGAAUCUUCUGCAGUCCCCUAUCGGUGAUGCGGAGCUCCGUAUGGUGGUCGAGAAUGUGUUGAACCAUUACUGCAAUCUAUUUCGCAUGAAAAGAGACGCUGCCAGAGCAGAUGCCUUCUACUUGGAAUCCGGCAUGUGGAGGACGUCAGUCGAGCGGUUUUUCCUUUGGAUUGGGGGUUUCCGGCCGUCAGAGCUCAUAAACGUUGUAAUGCCUCAACUUGAGCCAUUGACAGAGGAGCAAAUUGCUAGCGUCAACAACUUAAGACAUUCUUGUGUACAAGCCGAGGACGCCCUCUCACAAGGAAUGGAGAAGCUUCAGCAGACACUGGCACAAAGCUUAACGUUUCUUGCUGCAGGAGCUGGAAACUACAGCUCCCAGACGGCCGCCGCUUUGGAGAAAUUAGAAUCUCUCGAAAGCUUCAUAAACCAGGCUGAUCAUCUUCGAGAGCAAACGCUGCACCAAAUGUCCCGUAUAUUGACAACACGUCAAGCAGCAAAAGGGUUGCUUGCUUUUGGGGAGUAUUUUCAGCGCCUACGUGCACUCAGCUCGCUCUGGUCCGCUCGUUCUAUCGAGAACCUGGCUAAUCUACAAAACGAUGCGAACAGCAUUAGGUAGUAGUAGUUUACCGUGGACCGGUCAACAUUUCUGUACAUAAAACAACCAUUAAUUUUGCUCGGACAGUACUGAU